AUGGUAAUAGAAUCUGCUACUGCUACACUGUCUCCAUCAAAGACAAUACCGUCAUUUCCCCAUGGUAAUCUAACCAAAAGCAUGUCGGACAACCGUAUACGUCGUCCGUCCGCUCCUCCCAUUAGAAAACUAAAGUCUUCUUUGAAGAUAGCCCAUAGCGAUCUUCCUUCAAGAUCCAAGUCCGAUUUUUUUCUAACUUCACCUGAAAAGAACGUUCGAUUUGCUAUUGAACUAACAACCGUCAAAAGAUUUGAUAAAAACGCGGAGCCAAGUUCAAUCUCGAAUGAGAACUCGCCCACCUUAUCUCCUGUCGACAACUAUACGGCCACUGAUGAUAUUCAAUUAUUCAGUAGUGAUGACUGUUGGUUCAACGACUCUUCAUUGGUCACUAACCUGCUGAAAAAUGAAAAGAAGUUUCGUUACAUGAAUUCUUUAAAUAACAUGUUCAAGUUAGAUCUUUAUGAUUCCGAGGACGAAGAUGAGGAGGAUGGCGGCAUCGAAGAACAUAGAAACGUUCAAGCCGGUUAUGACUAUACGUAUGAUUCGAUAACGUCCAAGAAAGUUCCCUCCUAUAAUAAACCAGUGGGUUCAUCAGAUGCUUCCUCCCUUGCUUCGCAAGCGACUAAUAUCUGUGAUUGGAAGCUUCACUGCACAGACUUGGUUCCCUUUACACAAACAUCUCCCCUAUUCACUAAAACGCUAUCUACCUCCGAUCUACACGACCAGCUAUCCAAUUAUCUAAAUGGCCAAAAUAUAAAGCUGCACUCACUCACUCAAUUAGAUCAUGACUCAAGUAAAAUUGUGGGGCUGCUAUACGUUAAAAAUUUGAGUUUUGAAAAAUAUCUGGAAAUUAAAUUUACUUUCAACUCGUGGAAAGAUAUUCAUUAUGUUACGGCCAACUACAACAAAACGGUUAAUGCUGAUAUCGAUGAAUUCAAAUUUAUUAUUGAUUUAAAUAGUUUGAAGUAUAUUUUACUCAUCAAAAAAAUUAUCACCAUGGAAGACGAGUCAAAUAGCUGCCCCUUGAAUGUUGAAAUUUGUUGUAGAUAUGACGUCAAUGAUGAAACAUUUUAUGAUAACAACAAUAAUAAAAAUUAUCAUCUCUUCAUAACUACCUUCAAACAGGGGAAGAAAGAGGAAGAAAAACAAAACAUUGCUGUCGUUGUCGAGCCAGCUGCCAUCAUCAAAGAAAAUAGUAAUAAUCCACCAAAGAACGUAACCUCAAAGUUAAUUUCUUCGAAUCCAAGUCUUUCAAAAUUUUCUUCUCAAUCUAGAAAAUUCAGUGAAGACACAGAUUACUAUAACACAUCUCCAUUAAAACAUCUUUAUCACAAUGAUACAACAACUUUCAUCAAACCUAAAAGGCUGAACGCAGUUUUAGAAAAAUUAGACAACACCACUCCUUCUCCUCCUCCUCCUUCUCCUCCUCUAGCCGGUACUGCCAAAAUUGAAAAUGUAGCCAAAAAUGAGAACAGCACAUCUACUAGCACCACUGCCAGAAAUAAUGUUGGCCUACCAAUAUUAGGAUCACAACAUCAAUCAUUAUAUUCUGGUUCAUCCUCCUACUCUUCUUCUUCUUCUUCGAUUUCUUCAUCAUUAUCAUUUGCUUCUUCUACAAACUCCUCCACAAACUCCUCUUCCUCCGCGUCCUGCGGCUUCCCACUCACUGAACUUGAUAAUUUCGACUAUGCAAACUUAUAUGAACCCAACGAUACAUUUACAACUGCCAAUUUGUUCAAUCACUCACUAAAUUCCAUCAUACCAGAUGCCUCCACUCCAUCAUUUUUUGGAGAUUUUGGUAACUCUAGCAAUGAUAAUAAUAACAAUACCAACAGCAACAAUUUAGCCACCUCUCUCGAUGACUCAUAUGAGGACAAGCAAAGUGUCAUCACGGACACUACAAUAGAUGAUAACAAUAAAACUUCAAAUGUCAAUAAUUCUACGGAUACACUAAUCAAACCCUCAAAACAGAAUGGGUCAACCAAGGGGAACAAAUUGCCUACAAAUAGCAUUAGUUCACCAUCCUCGUCUCGGAACCAAACAAGUUCGAAUCCAAAGGAGCGUGAUAUCGAAAAAGAUGAACUCAAAUAUAUUGACUACCAGUCCCUACUCGAUUCUCAUCGCUUUUAUAGCCAAUCUUCAUCGCCGAGUUUGCAACCUGAUGCAUUCUCAAAUGCAGUAUCUCUUUCGGAAAGAUCUCAGACGCCGGAUGUCUUUGAAUACGAGGAGGAGGGUGAUGAUGAGAGUAAUCGGAUGGUUGGAGAACUAAGUGAUAAUGCAUUUUCACCUCAUUUUUACUUGAAUGAAGAUAAUAAGAACGCGUGCCUGAGCGAUGACUCUUUAACCGAUCAUCACGGAAACAACAACCCGUUUAUAAGUACUUUCAGUUCAUCCCCUCCCAUCCUUUCGCAAGAAGUUGAUCGAUGGCGGCUUUAA